AUGAAAAAGAAAAUUCCUGAUAUGACAAAUCCAUUAAUAUCAACUGCAGUUCUUCUUGCUAAUAGUUAUAAAUCGUUAGAUGAAAUUGACAAAGCAUCAGAUAUUAGCAUUCAUUUACAUAAAUCAAAUGCUAAGAAAAAGAUCAGUCACUCAUGGAUUGCAGUCAAUCGACAAAUCUUUGUAAGUCAAUAAUUAUAGUAUUCAUUCUCUAUACAGAUCAUAUGAAAUGAACUUCAUAGCAAUUUCGAGCUCAUGAUCAAUCUCGUUCUCGAUCAAUUGAAAUCUUCGUUGAACUUGAGAAAAUAUCAAAGAAAGUUAUUGAAUAUGAUUAUGAAUACGAUUCAAAUUGGAUCAGACAAUCAUUGAAUUUAAAUGGAAUCGUCGCGUCAGUCCUUUGUGAACAUAGUUAACACCUUGCAUUUGCAUGAAACUUAGUUAAGAACCCCAAUGCAUCACGAACUCAAAUGACAAAUUUAUCUUUGUAUUUGUGGUGAUUGUCUUAUGUGAUCAUGUCGAUCCUUUUUUUUCAUAGAUCGUGCCACAAAAAUAAUAGCUGCUAUUCGUC